GUGAGGGCCACCUCCUAGCUUGUAGAUGACUGUCUUUAUUUGUGUUCUUUCUAGGCGUAGAGUGUGUCCCUCAUAAAAAGAGAUCUACUCCCAUUCCGUGGCUCCAUCAUCAACGCUUACCCAAUUCCAGUCACCCCCCAAAGGCCUCAUCUCCAGAUCUCUUCUCACUGGAGAUCAGAUCUUCAACACAUGAACUUAAUGGGGGGGGGGCAUCUCAAUCUUCAACAUUAUACAUUCAAGAACAUUUGGAAGACAUAAAUAGAAAAAGGUCAAAUAACAUAUGUUACCAAAAUAUAUUCACUGCUGUGAUUUAUUUAUAAUUUCCAAUUUGUGAUACUUUUAUAUGGCUGUAGUUAUUCUAUACAUGUAAUUUUGUAUUAUGAUUAUUUCUUUUUCAGUUGCUGGGAUGCAACUCAGAGUUUGCUGCAUGCUAGGCCCCUCUCCACUGAACUAUAGCCCCAGCCAUUUAAACAUUUUUAUAUCUUUAUUUGUCAUUUAGUUCUGAGAGAGACUUUUACUAAGUUAUUCAGGCUGGCCUUGGACUCAUUAUAGCCCAGGCAGACCUUGAACUAUUGAUCUACCUGUCUCUGCCUCCAGUAUAGCUGUGAAUGCUGCUGGCAUGGGCUAGCGAGCGCAGGCUUGACGUGUUUAAGUUUACAAUACGAAACAGUAUUGUUACUAAAGAUGCUCCAUCUGAACCCUCUUUGAAUAGACAAACAGUCCACUGAGUGGCUGUGUCACCCUGUGACUGAAUGCUGAGUGGCUUCUCAGUAUUUUAAAGUGUUGGUAAGGCUGUGAUAUGUCUAUGUAUGCAUGAGGGUUUUACCUGUUACUGAGAUUAUAUUUCUUAGGGUAGAAUUCCUGAAAUUGGAAGUUGUAUACUUUUAAGGCAUAUUGCCAAAUAGUCUCUAAAAGUGUGUCCCAGCUUGCAAAGCCACCAGCAGUGGGCCGGAAACAUGGAAAUGCUCUUUAUCUGUUUGCUUUUAAAGGGGAGGCGUUUGGUUCCACUAAUGUGCUUACUGGAUUGUUUCCAACAGGUAAACAGAAUUCUGGGAAGCCCACUUCUGGUGUGUAGAACCUCUGAGCUCCUCUGACCCCACACCUCCUGCUCCCUGUUGCUGGCCACUUGCACCUUGAACCUCACCUAGUUCCCCUGUGUGGACGGAGGCUUCCCGUCUAUCGCAGCCAUGAACUUCCUCCGGAGGCGUCUGUCUGACAGCAGCUUUGUGGCCAACCUGCCCAAUGGCUACAUGCCAGACCUGCAGCGCCCAGAAAGCUCCAGUAGCUCCCCAGCAUCCCCGGCCACUGAGAGGAGGCACCCCCAGCCCCUGGCUGCCUCCUUCUCUUCUCCAGGAUCCAGCCUGUUCAGCUCCUUCUCCAGUGCCGUGAAACAGACCCCACAGACCCCCUCGGGGUUAAUGGAAUCACUAACUCCUGUCACACCCGUGGUUCAGAGACCCAGGAUCUUGUUGGUGAUCGACGAUGCCCACACAGACUGGUCAAAGUAUUUCCACGGGAAGAAAGUGAAUGGCGACAUUGAGAUCCGAGUGGAGCAGGCAGAGUUCUCUGAGCUGAACCUGGCUGCUUAUGUGACCGGAGGCUGCAUGGUGGACAUGCAAGUUGUGAGAAAUGGCACCAAAAUCGUGAGGUCCUUCAAACCGGACUUCAUCCUGGUUCGACAGCAUGCCUACAGCAUGGCCCUGGCUGAGGACUACCGCAGCCUGGUCAUCGGCCUUCAGUAUGGAGGGCUUCCUGCUGUCAACUCUCUCUACUCCGUAUACAACUUCUGCAGCAAGCCCUGGGUGUUCUCUCAGCUCAUUAAGAUCUUCCAUUCUUUGGGUCCUGAGAAGUUUCCACUCGUGGAGCAAACAUUUUUCCCCAACCACAAGCCAAUGCUCACAGCCCCGCACUUCCCCGUGGUGAUCAAGCUGGGACAUGCCCAUGCUGGCAUGGGAAAGAUCAAAGUAGAAAACCAGCAUGACUACCAGGACAUCACUAGUGUGGUGGCCAUGGCCAAAACCUAUGCCACCACUGAAGCCUUUAUCGACUCCAAGUAUGACAUCCGCAUACAGAAGAUUGGAUCCAACUACAAGGCAUACAUGAGAACCUCCAUCUCUGGAAACUGGAAGGCUAACACAGGUUCUGCCAUGCUGGAGCAGGUGGCCAUGACGGAAAGGUACAGGCUCUGGGUGGACAGCUGCUCAGAAAUGUUCGGUGGCCUAGACAUAUGUGCUGUCAAGGCUGUCCACAGCAAGGAUGGGAGAGAUUAUAUCAUCGAGGUCAUGGACAGUUCAAUGCCUCUGAUUGGAGAGCAUGUCGAAGAGGACAAGCAUUUAAUGGCCGACCUUGUUGUCUCCAAGAUGAGCCAACUCCUGGUGCCAGGGGGCACGGUGCCCUCACCCCUGAGACCUUGGGGUCCACAGACUAAACUUGCAAAAUCUCCAGGGCAAGGCCAGAUGGGACCUCAGCUAGGACAGCCCCAGCCAAGGCCACCUCCCCAAGGGGGCCCUCGUCAAGCUCAGUCUCCCCAGCCUCCCAGAUCUAGAAGUCCAUCCCAACAGAGGCUUUCCCCACAAGGCCAGCAGCCUGUGAGCCCUCAGUUAGGAUCUCCACAGCAGCAAAGGUCACCAGGCUCUCCGCAGUUAUCCCGGGCAUCUGGUGUCACUUCUCCAAACCAGGCCUCCAAGCCAUAUCCCCGGCCACCCGUGCAGGGCCGCAGCACCUCCCAGCAGGGUGAAGAGCCCCAAAAGUCAGCACCACCUCAGCCCCACCUCAACAAAUCUCAGUCCCUGACUAACAGCCUCAGUACGUCAGAUGCCUCCCAUCGAGGGACCCCGAGUGAAGACGAGGCCAAGGCUGAGACCAUCCGCAACCUGAGGAAGUCCUUUGCCAGCCUCUUCUCUGACUAGCCGCCUCCUCCUCGGGCUGGAGAGCAGGAGGACAGGAAGACUCAAUGACUGGAGACUUUCUCUCGCUCCCUCCUUCUCAGCCUCGGUUCCUGGUGGAAACAUGCUUCCUAGAUGCCUCUUACCCAGGAACUGAGGAUCUGCGCGCAUUCCCACCUCCUUGACCAUGACAUUCCAUUGCCGCCUGACUGAGCAGUAGCCUUGAGAGCCCCUGGGCUCCUUAGGGUGGACAUUCUAGACAGAUAAGACAUUACUACACCCACCAUAUGCUUGCUCCCCUGCCGACGGUACCCAUUAAGAUGUCUGUGUGGCUUGGUUUUGCAUUCUUAUUAGUGUUUUGCUUGCCUUUGGGCAGAGGCCCACUUCGAAGCCUUGACUUACCUCCAUCAAAUGCAGACAUUGUAGUCGGACCUCAGCAACACAAGAGGCAAUACUUUUUAAUGGUGUUUUUGCAGACAGAAAUAGGGAAGUCCAGCCUAGGAGCCUACUACACACCCGGAGCAAGCUAGUGCCAUCCUUGCUGGGAGUAGGCUGACAAAGGCCCCAUCGCAGCUGGACCUCCUAGGGAUCUUGAUGCCGAAAGAAAGAAGCUAGACCCUAUGCAACAACUGGGGCCUUUCAGAACAGAGUAGAGGAAACCCCACAUAAUGCUACCCAGGCUUAGAGCCAACAGCAGGAAUCCAGAGGAGAAGAGCCUGUGCCCCCUGUGGAGAGGAUCAUGGGAUUGUGUCUCUUUGACCUCACACAGAAUUUGCUUUUUCCUCCUUAAGGUUAGGUGGGAACCCAGAGAGAGUGGGUAGCUCCCUGUUGCAUGAGAAGACAUCGUGAGGGGUUCUAUGUGGUUCAGCUUUCUACCUGCUCUGAACAAGGUGUCAGUAAUGUAAAUAAUGUAAAUGCCCCCGCGUUUACAAAAGGUCUGGUGGGACAACCUUCAGAAACAGUGCGUGUGUUUCUCUUUGUGGAACACAGGACACACAUUGAAGCCUUUUGGAAUCUCUUCCAGAAAAAGUUCCACUCCAACCUUGUCUCGGCCAUUAUGACUCAGAUGGUUGGCUGCAGAGCUAGGCAAAGCGGCCCUGACUACCCUUCCAGUGCGCGUAUGCUCCUUCCCCUGCACCAGACUGCUCCCUGAUCGCAUCACCAAGCACCUGGUGCUAGAAACACUGUAGGUGCCAGAAGCAGCAUCCUGACCCCGAGACGACCCAGGAUAUCAGAACACAGCCAUGCAGAUCUACACAGCGCCCUCAGCCACCUGAGGUGUGUCUUUCCUGCACGCUGCAAGGGAGGGAAGGGUUAUUAACUGGAGCAGUUUCUGGUUAUGCUCAAGUUCUGCAUAGCCUUGGUGAUCAUCUAAGGUUUUUCCAGGUCUCCAGGAACACAGAAGCAGCCACUAUGGUCUCUGGGGAGUUUUCUGCUUGUUUUCUUGGAACAGAGUUUCAUACUGCAACUUGGGCUGAAUGUAGCCCAAGCAAGUCUCAAAAUCAUGGUGACUCUUCUGCUUUAUCAGCCUCCCAAGUGCUGAGAUUUCCUGAAUGAACCACCACAUCCAGCAAACGUUCAUCAUUUUUUUUAGUCCUCCCAGCCCAGACUGGAGUAGCAAAGACAAGGGUAGAGACCCUCUCCUGCCUUGGCUCACUUAGAACCCUGCAUUUCUUCAGAACUGCACCUUCAAUCUGGUUUCCAAAAGGGAUCAGCUGAGCACCAAAAGUGGCAGCUUUGGCCCUGGCUACAGAGAUCCAUUUGGCUCUCAGGGUCAUCCUCUUCCUUCUCGCCUUCUCCCUCCAUCAUAAGUCAUUAUCAAGAGCAAGCACGCUGGUUAUUUCAGAAGCCCUCCUUGGCCUCUUUUCACAUCCUUGGUUUGGAGGAAUAAAUAGCUGAUGUGAUUCUACAUCGUGAAGGUCCAAAGACCACUGAGACCUUAGUUUGGAGCUGUAGACUGCAGGGCUUCGCCUAGUUGGAACUGACUAGACUCGGGAUCAAAUACCCUAUGGUGUGAAGUGAGGCACGGACGGCUGGAGGUCUGCACUUCCCAGUACCAACCAAGCCCAACCUCUUUUAUUCCUAAGUUCCAGUGAGUUCAGUGUGUGCAGGACAGUCCCUGGGGCUUGCCUACACCCACCCUGCCCACGUCGCCCUCAUUUUGCUCAACUGCUCACAGAUCACAGAAUGAGGCUGGCAAAAGCUUCCAGAAUUCUUCUCGAGGAUGAUGGGGAUGACCCAGAACGUGGAAAGACACUUGGCACAACAGUCAGCAGAUUCUCCUGUCCCUCACCCACUCCCUGAUGAGGGAAGAGGAGGUCUUGAGGCCAGUACUCCCAGCCGUGAUUUAGGUAGGUUAUCAAAAGGAAGAAAAAAAGGUCAGUCAACGAAUCCACAGAAUAUUGCUUCUGCUUCCUGCUCCUCCUCUGUUCUUAUUUAGCUCUUGCAUCUUUCUCUAGAACCUCUGAAAAACGCUAGGUGAGGUAGAAAGGAGGAUGGGGCGGGUAAGACUAGGAAUGUUAAAGAUAGUCUGUUAAAGUGAGUUCUAGAGAAGACGAUGGAUGUUGGCUUUCUGAUUGUCUACCCCAAGAGAUGUGAGUGCCCUUUUCAGGUCCCUCAGCACCCUCCUCCUUCACACACACACACACACACACACACACACACACACACACACACGUGCCUGGCUAAUGACCAAAAUGAACACAUUAAGAUAUAACAUCUUGCCAGGCAUGGUGGCGCAUGCCUUUAAUCCCAACACUCCAGAGGCAGAGGCAGGUGGAUCUCUGAGUUCGA